UGGUUACUUCGACACGCGCGCCCUCGGUAAACGUCCCCCCCAUUUGGCAUUGACCGGUAAAAACGUAGGCGUGAUGGAACAGUCGCAUUUGAUUGGUUGAAAGUUUUCGUUUCGAUGUUGCGUUCGCAAGUAUAAAUACAACAAAGGACAACAGAUACGUGCAACCAAAAUUCCUCGGACACAAACUAGUCGCGUACACCAGUUCGUACAUCAGUGCCACGCCAGCCGUAGCCACACCUUUGUUCAGUAAGACUCGAAAAGCACUUGCUUGUGCAGAAUGGUCGACAGCGUUUACCGUACGCGUUCUCUCGGCGUCGCUGCAGUCGGUCUUCCUGACCAGUACGCCGACGGUAAAGCAGCAAAAGUGUGGCAACUUUACAUUGGAGACACAAGGAGUAGGACGGAGGAAUACAAAAGUUGGGUGGUGUCUUUGCUGAAGCAGCACGGUUGUCAAAGGGUCCUGGAUGUAGCCUGCGGCACAGGAGUGGAUUCUAUUAUGUUGCUGGAGGAAGGUUUCAAGGUUGUUAGUGUGGAUGCCAGUGACAAGAUGCUGAAGUAUGCUCUCAAAGAGAGAUGGGAAAGGAGGAAGGAGCCAGCUUUUGACCAAUGGGUAAUUGAAGAGGCUAACUGGCUUACUCUACCAGACGAUAUUCAAAAGCAGGGAGACGGAUUUGAUGCAGUUAUCUGUCUAGGAAACUCAUUCGCUCAUUUACCAGACUUUAAAGGAGACCAGAGUGAUCAGAAGCUGGCUCUCCAGAACAUUGCCAGCAUGGUGAAGCCUGGCGGAAUCAUGAUUAUUGAUCACCGUAACUAUGACUACAUGCUGGAGACUGGCCUUGCUCCCCAAGGGAAGAACAUUUAUUAUCAGAGUGACUUGAAACAAGACAUCUCCACAUCAGUGCUUUGGGUCAACAAUAAGCCCCAUAUGGUCACGCUUGACUACUCCCUGGAGAUCCCUCAGGGUGUACAAACCCCACCCGAGACAAGUAAAUUCCGCUUGUCGUAUUAUCCUCACCGGCUGCAGAGCUUCAAGGAGCUUCUGAAGGGAGCAUUCUUUGGAAAAUGUGAGCAGCACGUUUUUGGAGAUUUUAAGCAUUAUACAUCUGGGCAGGAAGACGUUCCUCGUUACUUUAUCCAUGUCAUUAAAAAGACUGCUUAAAGUAAUAUUUACAAUCCAAAUAACACUUUUUUCUUUGCUUUGCUUUGUCUUAUUUCUCUGGUACUUUGCUCUUUCAUUUGCUGCUUCCAUACUGCAGCUUCUGCUUCCAAAGCCUUGCAGCAAAAUCAAGCCAUAGCAGAAGAUGCAGCAAAUUCCUGCUGCUCAAAAUUUUAUAGAACAAUUUUCUGAACCUAUUCAGUGUCAGGACUUUAUUUGCCAAGUGUUCAUCAGAGAAGUCAUGUUCCUAUGUUGAUUUGUUCCUCUAAAUAUUACUCUUCGUUAAGGACUCUCAAAUUUUCACCAAAAAGAGUGAUGUUUUAUUUUGUCACUUGGUGGCAAUUAUUAAAAGAUAUAGCAGGAAACAUACAUAACUGUACAUGGAAUAUAAAGCUUUAAUUGAUUUGUACUGUUUUGCGAUUCACUAUUACAGUCUUUAGUCUUGCUUGGAAUCAAGCAAAUCAGUUUGGUGCUCUGUGUGCUCAAGCACAGGCUGAAUCAGGUGUGUUUGGGCAAGGACUUCACCAAACUAUGCUGAGCCUAUUUAGCGUGCACAAAUGUGCUCUGCUGUCUUUUAAUCCACAACCACAUGCCUUAAGUUGAAAUGGUUAGAAGGGAUAAAGCUGGUUAAACGUUCCCUACUUAGUGUGACCAUUGAUUUGUGAAUUUAACUAGCUCGCAUUUAUUUUUGUCCAGCUUCUGCUUUAUUGGUAUAAGUUGAAACCAUAAAAAAAUCCUUCGCACUGCCGGAACGUCUCUGUCUGCAUCAACAGUGCAUAUGAAUGCACAGUAAUAAUAAUACAAGUAAACAAUAAUACAAUACAAUCUUUUGUCUUACGAGAACUGAAAGCACACCACUAAGAGUCUCCAUCUAUUGGACAGACCGUAGAUGGAGAAAUGUAUGAAAGGGCAUAAUGCAAAAAUUCAUUUUAUUGUAUUUGUGAGAGAUUGAUGAGGGGCUAGAGGGAGGGUAAGGGGAUACUGGGAUAAAUUCAGCCUUUGAUGUACCUGUCAAAGAUAAUAAUACUAAUUUACUGUCCGGCUUUGGCGAGCAUUUAUGGAUUGUAGUGGGUAGACUAGGGGCGUUUCAGUAAAAGUAAUGAACAGCGCUUUUGACAAAUGAUGAUCUUAAAGACUACUUAAAGUCUGCUUUCUGUAAAAAAAAUAAAUAAAUUGUGAUUUUUUUUGUGACAAAAUUUGAGUAUUGUAUCCAGAUUACUUGUAAAGAAUAGAUUUUGUUGAAAGUCUUAUUUUACAAAGCAUUACAGUAAAUAAAAAUUGCUGUGUUGA